GAAAAAAUAAAAUCAGACUUGAUAGAGCCAUUAAUAAUGUACAGCAGUGCUCUACAGAUGGAAGGAUUAGUGUGUUCUUAAGAAAGCAUUCCAAUAUGUUUUUAUUUUGUAUGUAUGUUUCUAUUUUUAUUUUUGUUCUUCUUUAGUAAUAUUAAAUGCAGAAGGUAAAGCUUUCUAGUUGGAGGUAUAUGCAGAAGAUGGAGUGAGAAAGCACUGAGGUUAUGGGUAAUGAAGUUUAAGAAAUACUGAUAAAGAGGUAGGACUGAUUUUUCAUUAGCAUACCAGAACUGAGUGAAAUCUUUCAAAAGAAUCAUCUAGGAGCAAAGUUUUUGAUAAUGUCUUAAAAAUCACAAGCAUACACUUGAACAAAUCUACAAAGACAUAAAAUGAGUGGAAUUUAUAGUUGUAAUCAAAACUCACUGCAACAUUAACCUGGCACAUAAUAACAGCCAUAUUUGUAAGGUGCUUUACAGUUUAUGUAACACAUUCUCACAUUCUCACAUUUGCCAUAUAUUUAAUGAUAGACAUAAUUGUGCUAUAUGCUAAUUAAGCUUAAUUAGUAAGUUCUUGUGAAUGACUGUAAUUAGUGGGACUGGUUUGCUGCCAAAGCAAGUUUUGAGCUCUCUUUUUACUUUAUUAGUUACCUAGUAUUUAUAAUCAGGAACAGUUUAUAUCAUAUUCUACUUUGCAUCAUACAUGCUGAUCUUCAUGUAUAUUAAGAAACAAACUCCUGAGUCCUUACAUCUAGGUAGCUGAGCUUCUCUUGCUCUAGGGCUUUUGUCAUAAAAUUCUCAACCCUUACCAGUCCCCUCCUAAUCCCACAUCUCACCCACUAGUCCUCAUCUGCUCACACUUGAGGGAGAGUUGUGCUUAACAUUUAACAUUCAUUCACCAAUAAAUAUUUAUUGAGCACAAUGCCAGAGAUUGAGCAAGGCUCUGGAAAUAUACACAGUGAUUGGCAAAACAGUCCUGGUCCCUCAUGGAGUUCUCAGACUAAGAGGAUAGAGAAAACCUAGACUCGGGUGGGGUAGGUGGUCAGGAAGUUGGCAGAUCUAUUAUACUCUCCCAUUAAGCUACAAACAUGGCCUUUAUCAUAGGUCUCCAUCUGCCUUUUUUCCCUCAUUUGAUUCAGCACUCAGGCAGGGAAAAUCCUGCUGUCAUAGCUUGUACUCCCUCUAUCCCCCAGCACAGGAGGCUACAGGAAAGAGUGCCUGGCACCAGUAGCUGGAUAUUGAGUAGUUGAAGGGGAGCUAAGGCUAGACAGAAAUUAGCAAGGUGAAGAUAUUGCGGAAGCAAGUUCCCAGAAAAGAGAGAGCAUUUGCAAAGGCCCUAAGGCAAGAAAGAGCUUAGCAGGCUUAAGAAGUUCAUUUCAUGUGGUUGGAGGGGUUGAUGCAACAGGAGAAAUGGCUAGAAGACUGGAAAGGUAGAGGGUCCUAUAACCAAGUUAAAAAACUUUGUCUUGAGGGCACUGAGAAGCUGUGGAAAAAUUUUAAUGACAUUUCCCUGCCUCUUGCAUCUCAACCCAUUAUUUACCUGGAUAGGCCCUUCUACUUUCUGGGACAGAGGUGCUAUGCAGACAACUGUAGAAUCCUUUCAGACUGAAACACAUGGGCAGUUUAGCAGAAAUCAUGCUUAGGAGCAGAGAGUAGAAAGAAUAUGAGCUUGAGAGUCAGAAUGCUUGGGUCUGUAUGAGGUUAAACAAAUUUCCAAACUUUUUUGAGCAAUUGUUUUCUGCACAAUUGGUAAUGUACAUUUAAAUCCCUCAUCAGAAAUAACAAGUACAGUGCUGGUAGCUGGCACUCCCUAGGUGGUAGCUAUCACUAUGUUCACAAUGCUCUUUUGCUAACAGAAUUUCAAACUCCUCUUUGAGAAUGAAAUCACAGAAUCGUAUAUUAUCAUAUUGUGAGGAAACCUUAAAGGUUUGUUUACAUAUGAUGCUUGCAUUCCUACUGCAGCACUGACAGUCAGUUGGUUUGUUGUCCAACAUUACUAUAAUAACCAGAGACAGAAAGUUCACUAGUGUCUCAAGCAGCCACUCCAUGUUUGGGCUCUAUUAGAAGGUUCUUUUCUUGGACUGAAUCCAAAUCUGCUUCCAUGUAACCUCUAUCCAGGGUCUCCGUAGUGCCCCUAAUGCCUCUUCCAUGUGACAGCCCUCCAGGUGGUUGAGGUCAUUAUCUCCACCACCACUCACCUAGAGUUGAUAAGCUUGUUUCUUCAACCUAACAACAAUCUUUUAUCAAUUCAUCAAGAAAACACAACAACUAUACAACAUAUACAUACCCAAAAAUAGAGCUUAAAAACUGAAGUAAAAGGUGUUAAUGGAAGAUUUUAGUAAUAAUAGUAGCUAUCAUUUACUGAGCACCUACACUAUAUACUUGGUGCUAUAGACACAAAAGUAAGUCUCAAUCAAUCCUAUAAAUUGAAGAAAGACAAGUAAAUGGGUAUAAUACAAUAUUAUAGAUACUGUGACAGAAUUCUGUUCAGGAAAAAGCAGGGGGUAUGGAGGUAGGCUACCAAGGGAGCAGUCAUCUUUAUGAAAGGGGCCUACCUCUUAUAAGAGAUGACACAACCUGCACCCUGACAGUUGAGUAGGUAAUACAUAUACUCAACUGGACUUAUCCAUUUGUGUAUUUGUUAAAAUAUCACUUUAGAGGCUUUAGUCACACAAAGUAUUCAGAGCAGCCACUCUCGGUAACUGCAAAUACAUUUCUACAAGAAAUGUUAAUUUUCUGUUAGCAUUCCUUACAAAACCUCUUUUAGAGUGGGAAUAAUAGAAACCAGGCAAGGAAGAAGAAUGGAACACUGUGGUUUUCUGUGCCUGCAUGUUGAUAGCAAAUAUUUGGAAAGGAGGAACUUCAACUAUUCUUUGCUGAACACUGAAGUAGAAGAGCCAAGGCAUACGCUGACUGUCAUGACCAUACAAUAUGGGAAGGUCACAGAAGAUGGGGAGUAGUAAAGCAUUUGCCCCACUGAUUCAUUGUAAGUUGUGUGAAAGCAACAUGGUACUCAUACUCCAGUACUUGCUUCUUUGUGUGAGGCCCUUUGCCCGUCCAGGAGACUGAGGCAUGCACAGAAGGUGAUCCAACACAGAGCUGGGGAGCCUUGGAAAAGGAUUAUUUGAUAUGCCCUAGAAAUUCUGAGGAUAGCUCCUUGGGCAGAUGAAGCUAGCCUUCCUAAGGGAAAGCAACGUAUCUAAGAAUAAAUAUAACAAUGAAGACCUUCUAACCUCCUGAAGUGGGGCCUUUUCCAUGAGAGCCAUAGAGAGCAAAUGACAGUGAACCUCAAGUUGCCUUCUUCAAGAAGAAACAAAUGGAAAAGGCAGAAACACAAGAGUAAAAUAACAGAGGAGGUUAAAACUAAUAUUUUUCAAGUUUGUUAAAGAAGCCUGUGAAAAAAUGGUUAUAAAACUGAGGAUCUUGGAAUAGUCCCUGACAAAAAACAAAUAAUGAUCAAGUAUAGAAAAGUUUGUUUCACAGUGUGCAAGCCGUCUAUCUUUAAAAGUCAACAAGGAGGAUAAAACAAGUGUCACUAUAAGCAAAAAGUACUGAUAGAGACAAGUGAGGAAAUAGGAGUGUUGAAUGGAAGUUCCCAUCCCCAUUGCCCAGUUGAGGGAACUGAAGUCCUGAGAGGGUCUGGCGCUCCCAAUAUGCAAAUAGGACUCCUUUCACCUGGCAGGACACAGCACUGCAGCCCAGAGAUGAGUUUAGCACACAUACUCCCAUCAGCCUUUUCCAAGCUGAUUUGACAAAACAGAGGGAUUUACUCAAACUCCUCAUUUCACCGUGAUACUUCAUUCAGGGAUUAUUUCCUCUGCUGGGGCACUGGUACAAGGUAAUCAGCUCUGUUUCCUGCUCCUCAUUUGCUGAGCUACCUUUUUUUUUAAAAAAAGAGCCCUCCAGGCAUUAUUAAGACAUUAUUCACAUAACAAAGUUCACCCUUUUAAGGUGUACAGUUCAUUGGUAUUUAGUAUAUUCAUGGUGUUCUGCAACCAUCACCACUAUCUUAAUUCCAUAUCAUUUUCAUCCCACAAAGAGAUUUCAUACCCAUUAGCAGAUAUGCCCAAUCCCCCUCCCUCAAACCUCUAGCCACCACUAAUCUACUUUCUGCCUUUAUGGAUUUCCCUAUUAUAGACAUUUCAUAUAAAUGGAAUCAUCCAACACAUGGUGUUACGUGUCUGGCUUCUUUCACUUGGCAUAAUGUUUUUAUGGUUCAUCCAUUUUGUAGCAUACAUCAGUACUUCAUUCCUUUUCAUGGCCGAGUAAUAUUCUAUCAUGUAUAUGCUGCAUUUUGUUUAUCCAUUAAUCAGUUGAUGGACUUUGGGUUUCACCUUUUGGUUAUUGUGAAUAACAGUACUGAGAACAUUCAUGUAUAAGGUUUUUGUGAACAUACUCUUUCAUUUCUCUUGGGUAUAUAUCCAGAGGUACAACUGUUUGAUCCUGUGAUAACUCUGUUUAACCUUUUGAGGAAUUGCCAGACUGUUUUUUCAAAGGGCAACACUAUUUUAUAUUCCCAUCAAGUAUUUAUGAGGCAAUCCAAUUUUUCCAAAUCCUUACUACUCAUCUUUUUUAUUAUAUCUUUUUAUUAAAUAUCCUAGUAAGUAUAAAGUGGUACUUUAUGUGGUCCUGAUUUUUAUCUCUCUUAAUGAAUGGUGAUGUCGAGCAUCUUUUCAUGUGCUUGUUGGCCAUUUGUAUAUAUUCUUUGGAAAAAAUGUCUACUCACAUUAUUUGCCCAUUUUUUAAUUGGGUUUUUUUUUAUUGUUGAAUUUAAGGUCCUUUGUAUAUUCUGGUUGUUAGACCCUUAGCAGAUAUAUGUUCUUGAAUGUUUUCUCCCAUUACGUAGGCUUAAAUUUCUUGAAAUGUCCCUUGAAGCACUGCUGAGCUACUUUUAACAAAUAUUAAAAAAUCUUAAACAAAAUUAGGAAUGUGUAGUGUCUGAAUUAUACUUUUAAAUUUAAUAAGUAUUUAUUAAAUUAUGUAAAUUUAAUUAUAAUUUAACCUGCAAACAAUUGUAUGCAGACCAUGUUUUAAGGCUUCCAAACUAAGAGUCUUGAGUUCAUUAUGGGACCCCUCAUAAUGAUAACUAUUGCUUUUAUUGGCACUUAUAUGGCAGGCACUGUUUGGACAGUCUGCACGUAUUAAUUUAUCUAAUUCUCACAACAAUCCUCUAAGGUAGAGACUUACUAUACAUAUAAGAAAACGGAGGCAGAGGGAGAUUAAGUAAUUUGCCUGAAGCCAAAGAGUUAGGAAGUAAUACAAAUGGACUCCAGAUUCCGUUGCCUUAACGCCUGUGAGACUGCCAGGAAAGAAUUAAACCAUAUUUUUUUACAUCCAUGACCUCUCGUCGAAAUUAUUAAUAGUGUUUUAACGGCGUCUACACUCUGGACAGUUUUCUCCUCCUAGCCAGCCAGAAAGUAGGGCCGGCCACCCGGGCGUCUUUAUUGCUCUUUCCUCUCCCAGUCAGGUUUCAAAACCCACUCCCCUCUCCCCUCUCCCCCGGUUGUGGAGGCUUUAGUGCUUGGGUGCAAUUGCGAAGUCAACUGCAUCCCCCAGGUGGAGAAGUUCUAAAUUUCUGGCGGCCAAUGGGUGCCAAGGAGCCGCGGAUUCAGCCCAAUGAAGCUCAAAGGUGAACCUUGGGCGGAGCCAGCGGAGGGGGCGGGAACGGAGCCCCACCGCGGUGCCUACAGUGUGAGGCACCGGCAGCCCCGAGCGGAGCCAUGAGCUGGACCUGCCCGCGUUGCCAGCAACCCGUGUUUUUCGGUGAGGCCCAGACUGAGGAAGGGGAGAAGAUAGGGAGAGUGCGACCUGCUGGGUUCCCCGAGGACACGAGGAGCGGGCCACGCGGAAAAAGUGAGCUCCCUGGGCAAGAACUGGCACCGCUUCUGCCUGAAAUCACAAUGGGAGGCCGUAUUGCCACAGGCCAUGCUAUGGGGCUCUCUUCGGACCCAGGGGUAAGGGUGAAUAUUGGUGGGGUGGGCUCCUACCUCUACAAUUCCCCCACUCCCUGCGCUCCUCUCAGCCCCAGCAGCUUCAGCCCCCCCAGGCCCAGUAUUGGCUUCCCCCAGGGCAAGAAAACUGCUGAGUUAAGAGGUAGACUGGGCAGAUGGCAUCAUCUCCGUUUUACAGGCCCUCCCCACAUGAAGACGUUCACCGGGGAGACCUCACUGUGCCCUGGCUGUGAGGAACCUGUCUAUUUUGCUGAGAAGGUAAUGUCUCUGGGCAGAAACUGGCACCGACCCUGCCUGAGGUGCCAGCGCUGCCGGAAGACCCUGACUGCUGGGAGUCAUGCAGAGGUGAACAGGGAAGGGAUGGUAGUUUUGUUGGGAGGAGGGAGACUGAAGAUGGGAAGACAGCCAAGCUCAGAUGGUUUUCUCUCUUUGUGUCCCAGCAUGAUGGCGUUCCCUAUUGCCACAUCCCCUGCUAUGGCUACCUGUUUGGCCCCAAAGGUGGGCAGCCCCACUCCAGACAUGUGGGUCUGGGGGAAUCUGUUGACAACUUCCCAGGUGGUCAAACAUGCCUCAGGCCCCUCCCAAUUCCCUCCAGCCCUCAGCCCAGCACCCCCAGCCACCCCCAAGGCCCAUGGUGAUAAGGCUCUCUCCCUCAGGUGUGAACAUUGGUGAUGUGGGCUGCUACAUCUAUGACCCUGUGGAGAUAAAAUCCAAAUGAGAUGCUCACAGGAGAGAUCGCCUGAACUUGGGCCUCCCACCAUUGCCUCCAUUGUAGGUUCAGUGGGACCUACAGAAUUCUCCAGUCCCAUGGGGUGGGAGACGGUGGGAUUCUGGCAACCUGGGUCUAGACUUUUUCUGCCAAUUCCUCCCUUUCCCAUUCCUGUCUGAUUCCGUUUUGAAGGUUGGCCUCCUAGGCUUCCCAAUCCCUUUCCCCAGCAAAUUCUGAAGCUUCAAGUUACUCAUAAAACUUGUUUUAUUCUGGCUUCUCCAAUAAAA